AUGCAAAACUCGAAUAUCUGCGAACUUCAAGAUAUGUCUGUGAGAAGUGGAACAUCUCCAUCUUUAUCUAACGGUCCCAUCCAGCAGCUGCCGGUAGUGCCAGACCAAAAUCCAGUGUUAGAUCUACUCUCAAACCCAAUAGCACGAACGUUCUUGCUAAUGAUGCAGCAAUGUCAUCAGCAAUUACCACAACCACAAGAAGAAACACAGGCCGUGUUACCAGAAAGCAAAGAGCUUGAAAGAAUCAUCCGAAGAACAAUUCAAGAUCACCUGCUAGACAAAAAUUCAAAAAUUAUGAUUCAAGGAAAACUGACAAUCACUGUUGAUUCCGGUGCUCCUGUCACGAUUAAAAUCAAUACAUCAUCACAAUCAGCUUCCAAGCGCAAGUCAUACAUUCCUGUUCGAAUCCUACCAGCAGCCUCGCCUUCGCAAGAUUCUAUGAGCGUAGACUCUGGAGCGCUUGACCUGUCUUGUGGAGGCUCAGUAACUUCCACUGAAUCUUCUCCAGUCAGUCCUUUAAAAAAAGACUUGGCAACUAAAGUAAACAGCCCAUACGAAAAUCUCGAGUUCCAUGGCAAGAUGACUUCAACACCUAAGCGUAGAUUCACUGGGGGGAGAAAAUUUUUCACUUGUAAUCAAUGUAAUAACAUUGAGUUUCCUUCCCUCCAAAACUUGGAAGAGCACACCAUGCAAGUCCAUGGAAGUUAUCGUUGCCAUGUCUGCAGUCGCACUUUCACUCAACGUUCCAAUCUCCAACGUCAUGCCCUCAAGCAUGUAGGCUUUAAGCCAUUCCAAUGUGGCAUUUGUCUGCAAGGUUAUUAUCGAAAAGACCACUUACUGAAACAUAUUAAGGUUAAUCAUCCAGCUGUUAACCCUCGGGAGAACAUCCACGUUUUCCUCUCUUCUUCACAAAGUCUUGAUUACCUGAACACGAUUAACUCUGCUGCCAACUACUCCCUCUCAGACAGCUCUAGUAAACCUGAUCACGUCGAGGUUGAAGAACUUAACAGCUGUCUUAAUUGA